AUGAAGGUGACAUUUCCCCUCCUUCUAUGCUCACUGUUCUUGAGAUGGGCGAUAGCAGAGAGCCCAGACAUCAACUGUAUCGAUGGUAUCCGGACAGCCAUCGCCGGGAUUUCGUUCGAUGGGACUGAUCCUGAAGACUAUUGGGGAAAUAUCUGCACCAACAACCUGAGUGUAACGUCGAUGUGGGCGUCUACAAAGGUGUACUGUACUGACCGUGAGCGUGUCGCUGGUGAAGAGAUGCUCUCGGGGUACUGCACAGAAUAUGGAUUUGUCACCCUCACUCCAUACAACGAUAUACUGCCCAUUCUUACCGAUCAAUAUAUCAACACCCUACCACUUGUGGAAUUUGAUGAUGUCGGCGCCGCCGUUAUAUGGAACCACUCUGUCCUCCUGUCCAAAGAGCUGUUUACAGCUUCGAAAAGAACAGUUAGCGUCUUUACACUAAGUUAUCUGCUUGAUUCGAGAUACGGAUGGGGAGUAUACGGAUUCUGGGGAAUUCUGCUCGUAGUGGGCAUGGCCAAUCGAUUUAUAUCUCACAUCUUCACUUCACGACGGGUGUCGACUCCAGUUGAUGUUGAAGGUCAUGAAGCGUCACCCAUUUCGAAGUCAUCCUCCGGACCUUUCGCCUCUGUCUACCACUGGUUACAAACCAACUUGAUUGUUCCAGCUGCAUUUGGAACCCACCACCAACGCCUCUACUACUGGUGCACUAUACCCACCCGUAUGGAGACCUUGGUGGUGGCAGCAUUCUGGGUUCUCAACGUGAUCCUAUGUGCUGUGACAUAUGAUAUUUUCUGGCCCAACCUCUACUACACGAAUGCGUCACAGUAUUGGCGCUAUAUUGCGGACCGGACUGGCAUAAUCAGCUAUGCCAAUCUACCGAUUCUAUGGAUGUUUUCAGGCAGGAACAACAUCUUCCUCUGGCUCACUGGGUGGAGUUUUUCGACCUUCAAUAUCUUCCAUCGCCACGUUGCACGAAUCGCUACCGUCCAAGCCAUUAUCCACUCGAUCUGUUAUUCGGCUCUUGAGGCCGAUUAUUACGCUGAAUCCUGGAAAGAGCAAUACUGGUACAUGGGCGCCUUGGCAACCAUUACCAUGAGUCUAUUACUGGUUUUCUCAUCGGUGUGGCUCAGGAAACGCUUCUACGAACUCUUCCUUCUGAUCCACAUUGCUUUAUCAAUAGUCACCAUCAUUGGGCUGUUCUACCACACCAAGAUUUUCGAUGGAGAAUACGAUCCAUACCUAUGGCCACUUGUGGCUAUCUGGGUAUUCGACCGUGUCGCCCGUUUCGUUCGUCUUGCCUAUUGCAAUCUUCAUCUGAAGUUAUCCGACAGAGUAAUCGGGACGAAAACGCACGCCCAUUAUGACCAGGCAUCCAACCUAAUACGAUUGGAAGUAACCCCAGGGACGAAAAUCCUGGAAGCAAGAGCAGGUCAACACUACUAUUUAUACCAACCCCUGAAGUGGAAGGGUUGGGAGAACCAUCCGUUCACUCUCGCUGGGUGGAAAAGCAGUGAUCAUCCUGCCUAUAGCACAAAUCCAGCUCUACCGCAAGACGUGUCGUCCUCUACCUCAUAUGAUCUCAAGAAAGGAAAAGACAAGGAGAUCCAGGUUGCAGCGAUGGACACACCAAGUUCAUCAAGUGGACCUUCCUCUGAAGAUGCAUCCAUUGCAUCUAUCCAUGGGCAGCCUGCCACAGAACAACAACUCAUUCAUAAAUCCACAACAUCGUCCAAAGAUACACUGUUGUUCUUCGUCCGUCCAUACAGCAGCUGGACUCUGCGCUUGCGAGACCAAUGCAUUAAAUCGCCCUCAUCAACAGUGGAAACUCAUGUCCUCCUCGAAGGACCUUAUGGCGAGCAUAGCCCGGUGCAUAGCUAUGAAAAUGUAGUGUUCAUUGUAGGUGGCAGCGGCAUCAGCGGUGCUAUCCCUUACCUCCAAGAAUUCGUGCUAGCAACGAAUUUAUACCAAAGUCAAACACCCUCAGACGGAGAAACAAUUGAGGAGCGCAAAACCCACACUCGCACCAAGCGUAUCUUGCUUAUCUGGGCAACCAAGCAAUCCGCCAUGGUCCGCUCCCUUUGUGACACAGAGCUUAAGCCAUUCCUCAACCACGCAGGCAUCGAAACACAUUUCUACGUCACGUCUCGACGUGAGUCUGUUGCAACCAUCGAGCGAGAUAACACAGAGAAGCACCAUGGGCUAGACAGUGGUGUCAGUCCAGACAUCGCGUACGGUCGACCUGAUAUUCGAGGAAAGGUGCUCGGCUUCAUUAAGGAUGUUGAUUCUGCGGGUAAGGCAGGUGGACGAGUUGCGAUUCUCACGUGUGGCCCGGCCGGGAUGGCGGACGAGGCGAGAGCGGCGGUCCAUACGGCGAUGAAGCAAGGUAGAAGAGGGGUGGGAUAUUUCGAGGAGGCCUUUGGGUAA